AUGGCGUCUGAGCAAUACGGUUUUGAUCAUCAAAGCAUGGAGAUUUUUAACGAUGAGCUUAUGAUCAAGUCGCUUUUGGAAGAAGAAUCGCCUGUCGAAAAUCAUAGUAGCAUUAACGAAGAGGAAGAAGAGAAAUUAAACCGAGUGAUUAGAUCGCUAGAGGUGGAGAUCAACGUGAGUUCUUCGCCCAUAGAGUCUCGAAAAAUGGAUUUGCAACAGAGCAAAUCCGGUCUUGAAGAUGAUUUCAGGUGGCUUAACGACUUUGAUGUUGGUGUGAUUUCGUCGCAAAAUGAUGAUGAGAUGAUGAAUUGGUGUACGGAACUUUCUUACAUGGAUGGUGUUGAUACUAGUGUUCUUGAGAUUGAAGGUGCUGAUUAUUAUUCUCAUAUUAACUAUGGACUUACAUUUGAGGAACCAACUUAUUCUCUUUGGCAAGAUAAUAAUGAUGUAGUUAUGUAUUGA